GUUUUGACAAGGACACAGAAGAAGUCUGUACAGCAUUGUACCUGGAACUUAUUCAACACCUGUGCUCUGGACCAUGGUCCUUCAUAGCGUCUGCAGCAUGAGCAUCCCUGCCAGUGUGAGUGCUGAGAGCCAGCUGCAAGCCUCCUGGGGCCCCCACUACAACUGCCCAGAUGUGUCCAUGGUGACAACCGGUUAUUCGGGUCGACUGUGGUCCCAGGAUCUCCACCCGCAAUACUGGUCAAAAUAUCAGGUUUGGCAGUGGCUUCAGCAGACGAUGGACAUGCACCAGCUUGAUGCGACUUCCAUCCCAUUCCAUAACUUUGACCUGGAUGGACGGCAGCUCUGCAGCAUGACCUACCAGGACUUCAGCCACUUGGCCGGAUCUGUUGGGCCUAUCCUCUACCAGACUCUGGCCGACCUCAAGUGGACCGGUCAGUAUGGGCCCUCAGUGGACACAUUUUCACCAGGGGAUGUUAAAACAGAAUUGGAUGAUCUUCCAUGUUCAGGCUUAUCUUUCAAAGAGGAGGCCAGCUUCUACGUGCCUCCAGAGCUUUUUGAAAUUAAAACCCCAUUUCAGUCAUCUACCAUGAUGACCUCCCCAAAUCCUUCUAGUCCAGACCACAAAAGAUCCCACAAUCGUUCUCACCAAGUGAAAAAACACAAUCCCCGUGGAACCCACCUGUGGGAGUUUAUAAGGGACAUCCUGCUCAACCCAGAGAGAAAUCCAGGCCUGAUCAAGUGGGAGGACAGGACCGAAGGCGUGUUUCGCUUUUUAAAGUCUGAGGCAGUGGCACAGCUGUGGGGCAAGAAGAAAAACAAUAGCAGCAUGACCUACGAGAAGCUCAGCCGAGCCAUGAGGUAUUACUACAAGCGGGAAAUUUUAGAGCGUGUGGAUGGACGCAGGCUGGUCUACAAGUUUGGAAGGAAUGCUCGAGGAUGGCAAGAAACAGAGAAGUGAAGGAGUUCAGUCUGUGCGUCGGGCACAUGUGUAAUUACCUGCUGUCGUAAUAUGUGAAAACGUCUGAAGAUUCUUAUUUAAAGCAUUAUGGCCAUUAUGAUUUUUCACUAUGAGAAGGAUUGUGCUGUUUUCUUUCCAUGUUUUGGGAAUUUUAUGCUGUUAAUAACUGUUUUUGCUUUUUAUUUUUUCAAAGCUGCUUACAAAGACUAGUACAAUGCACUGAUCUCUCUUCACUUCCUCUGAUAUUGUUUACCUGAACAAAGAGAGAAGGAAAAAAACCACUUUUUUGACUUACCAUUGCAAUGUUUACAUAUCCGUGUAGAGAUGAAAGUUUGUCUACAUUAUGAGCCUCCGGUGUAGUUUUCCAUGUGUCUGAAAUGUUCCGUGAUGUUUCACUGAAUGUGGCCCAAUUGAAACAUUAGUUUAACACCACCGACUUGACUAGAAAUGGCAUGAAAACUUGAAAUGGCUUUAAAUGACGUUGUUGAACUAAAGAUUAAAACACAAGACACAUGUCAUAUUUUAAAUGCCAGUCUUGGUGGCAGCAGAAAUCCAGCUUCCUGUUGAUGAAGGACACAUUUAUUAGCAUGAAAAGAUGAAAUUCAUUUCCAGGCACUGAAUAAUCAUUAGCAUCAACCUGACUGUGGCUUUUCUCUCUUAAUGUUCAAGACUUAUUUAUAGUCAUUGUGUUUUCUAAUAAACCACAAAGGCCAUUGAUGUGAAAAACAUUGCUGUACAUAGUCUACACUUUAAACUAGCUGUCUUUGAGGAGUAAACAAUGUAUUUAUGCCCUACAUUUG